AUGUCUGAUCUACCAUCAGGUUGGGUUAAACACACAUCCAGUCGCACAGGUAAAGAAUAUUAUUAUAAUUCAGUAACCAAGGAGAGUCGAUGGGAACAUCCCGGUUUGACUGGUGGGAAAACAUCAGGUGGACGCAGUGGAGGAAAUGGUGAUCAAGUUCAAGUUCUUCAUAUUCUGGUUAAACAUACAGGUUCGCGUAAUCCGAAAAAUUAUAAAGGUGAAACAAUUACACGGAGUAAAGACGAAGCUCGAAAGAGACUUGAUGAAAUUAUAAAUGAAUUACAUAAUGCAAGUGAUCUUGAAUCGACAUUCCGUCACAUUGCUAAAGAUAAAAGCGAUUGUAGUUCAGGUCAACGCGGAGGUGAUCUUGGCAUGUUUGGACGCGGAGCUAUGCAGAAAGCGUUUGAAGAUGCAUCAUUCGCUUUAAAUGUUGAUGAAAUGAGUAAAGUUGUCGAUUCAGAUUCUGGUUUACACGUCAUUCUUCGCAUCGCUUAA